AUGCCUCGAGAAAAGAAGAAGCGAGGUCGCCGAGACGAGGCUAAAACCAACAAACGAAAAGGAGACGAGACUGUGGACACUGAAUCUGCGGCGAAACGGCUCAAAUCAGACGGGGCCGACGACGAGCAGGACUACCAGGAGAUUGCCAUUAGCGGUGAUGCCGGAGAUGACUACAUCGGUUUUGGACUGGAGCCUCCUCCCGAUGCCCACGAGCCUCAAGAAGAGGACGUUUUCCAUGGACUCCUUGAUCCCCAAGAACAGGAAUACUACACGAAUGUAAACAACAAGAUCGUGGCAAACGAUUUCGAGUCGGCCGAAGAUCGCGCCAUCUUCAUCGCUGCCGUCCAAAGCGAGACACGGGGCAAAGAACUCAAGGUUGCUUCAAGCCAGUCCUCCUCGAGGUAUUUGGAGAAAAUCAUUAUGCUAUCGACCGCCGCGCAACUUCGACAUUUGUUCAGCAAGUUUCUUGGCCAUUUGGCUUAUCUCGUCCAACAUCGCUUUGGCAGUCACUGCUGCGAGACUCUGUUUAAAGAGGCUGCGAAGCAUGUGGGCAAGGAAAGUAGCGAGAGUGGAGGAGAAGACGAAGACGAAGACGAAGAAGCCAAUCUUCUUACAAUGGAACAGCUUUUCCUGCGGGCUGCCGAAGAGCUGGAGCCAAACAUGGGCUAUUUGCUGACUGAUCGGUUCGCAUCUCACACUGUUCGAGUCUUGUUCUUGGUCUUGUCCGGAGAAUCCUUGGACGACGCAUCGGUGAAGGCCCUGCUUGCAAGUAAAAAGAAAGAGCAGCUUGAGACUCCGAUCCAUGAGGAGGGGGAGCCGAUCCCAAACAAACGGAUAGUGCCGAAGACAUUUCGAGGCGCGCUCGACAAACUCAUCCAUAGCGCCAUUUCCACCCUCGACACAACGUAUCUCAGAGCAUUGGCCACACACCCGACCGGGAAUCCAGUGCUUCAACUCCUCGUCCGCCUGGAACUUUCGAAUGCCGGGAAAACCAAACAGCUUGAGGAAAAUUCCGUGUUCAAGAAGUUACUACCCGACGAGGAUUUGGAGGACGACACGGAAAGUGCCAAGUUCAUUUCGGGCUUGAUCUACGAUUCAACCGGGUCACAUCUGGUUGAGAUCUUUGUCCAGAGACUUGCUGGCAAGACCUUCAAGAAGCUCUACAAGAACAUUUUGAAGCCACGGAUGAGCAGUAUGGCCAAAAAUGACAUUGCAAGCUUUGUUGCCAUCCGGAUCCUGGAACGGCUUGGCAAAGACGAUCUCGCCGAGGCGAAGACUUUGCUCCUGCCUGAGAUCCCCAUUCUCAUCUCUCGCCGAAGGACUGGGUUGAUCAAGGCUCUCAUUGAGCGAUGUGCCGUGCGAGGAGUAGAUCUACAAGACCUAUCGGAGGCACUCCAAGCAGAGUACGGGAGCGUGGCCGCGGAUUUUCUUCCCAAAUUGCUCGACUUCAAUAAUUUGGGGCCGACAGCUGGACCUGAAGACGGCUCCAAACAAAAGGAAAAACGCAGGACGGACGUGCACGAUUCAUUAUUGGCCCAGGCCCUGCUACAUGCGCCACAAACUGACAAGGUCGUACAAGACAGCUUACUGGCCGUCGAGAUCAGCACGUUGUUACAGAUGUGUCAGGAUCCCGCUGCCUCACGAGUGGUCCAGACUGCCCUUUCCCCGGCUGGCUCGAACCUGCAGUUUCGUCGACAAUUUGUGCCCCGCUUCUACGGGCACAUUGCCACGCUGUCGCAAGACCUGACGGGGUCCUACGUGGCAGAUGCGUUGUGGACGGCGACAGACGGAUUGCAUUUCAUGAAAGAGCGGCUGGCCCAAGAACUGGCAGGCAGCGAGAGCGACAUCCGACAAUCGCCGUUUGGUCGGAACGUGUGGAAGAACUGGGCGAUGGAUUCGUUCCAGCGACGCCCGGCCGAAUGGCGGGCGCUGGCGAAGGGGUACGACAAGCAGGAGGCCAAGGGGGAGGUGGCUGUGGCUGGGUCUGUGGCCGGGUCUGCGGCCGGGUCUGGGUCUGCGGCUACGGGCGUGAAGGGCGGAGGCAACCCUCCCACAUCGGAGAAGUCGGCAAUCCAGCUCGCGCGGGAAAGGCAUGCGCAGAAAAAGGUGCAAGGCGCCAAGCAUCAGCAAAGGACCCCGGCGAGAGGCGCCAAUGCGGUGGUGCCAACCAAUGCCUAA